AUGGCUAGCGUUUGGAAGUCAUGGUGUGUUUUGUUUACUGCACUUCAUUUGUUGCACAUCACGUCUUCAAAUUUCUUGGUCGAUAAUCUACCAGGUUUUGGGAAACUUCCAUUCAUGUUGGAAACCGGGUACAUAGGAGUGGGUGAAAGAGAAGAGGUGCAACUAUUUUAUUAUUUUGUUGAAUCUGAAAGUAGUCCCAUGAAUGAUCCACUCCUGCUUUGGCUUGUUGGAGGUCCUGGUUGCUCUGGCCUUUCUGCUUUCUUCUAUGAAAAUGGACCAUUAAAGUUUAAUUAUGACAAUGUUAAUGGGAGUUUUCCAGAACUUCAAUUGAAUCCAAACGCUUGGACGAAGGUACUCAACAUGAUAUAUAUCGAUGCACCUGUUGGCACCGGAUUUUCUUACUCAAAAACCCAACAAGGUUAUUAUAGCAAUGACAAGCAAUGGGUGGAGCAUAUGUAUGAUUUUCUGAGAAAGUGGCUUGUGGAUCACCCUAAAUUCAGAUCAAAUCAACUUUACAUAGGUGGUGGUUCAUAUUCAGGCAUGAUUGUUACUCCCCUUGUGCAAAAAGUAUAUGAAGAUUACAAAGCAGGGAAUUUACCGCUCCUAAACAUUCAGUCAAUUAAAGCUAGUUGUAAUGGAGAUUAUAUGAAUCUUAAUCCGAACAAUACAAAUUGCAUGUCAGAUUAUGAAGCCUACUCAGAGUUAGUUCGUUACAUAGACAUGUAUCAAAUUAUGAAUCCAAGUUGUAUCAAAAGGUCUCACAAAAAUCAAAGAAGUCUCUUUGAAGACCUCCAAACUAUCCACCAAUCAACAUCUUGGUGUCGGGACGAUGAAGAUGCUUUUCUCGUAGAAUUGUGGGCAAAUGAUCCAAAUGUUCGAAAGCAUCUUAAUGUUAGAGAGGGAAUGAAAGGGCAUUUCAAAAGAUGCAAAAAUAUUAGUGAUGCAUAUACAAUGAAUGUUCAUAGUGUUGUUGAAUAUCUUCAAAAUCUCACAAACACAAACCUUCGAUGUCUAAUUUAUAUCGGCGAUCUUGACAUGACGAUACCUUAUCUUAGUACACAUUCUAUAAUCAAGUCACUUAAUUUGAAGUUGAAUAGCACUUGGCGUCCUUGGUUCAAUGAGGGUGAAGUGGCAGGGUACACAGAGAGAUACAAAAAGAAUGAGCAUCACCUAACAUAUGCCACUGUUAAGGGAGGGGGCCAUGUAGCUCAAGAGUACAAGCCUAAAGAGGUUUAUGAGAUGAUCCAAAAAUGGUUCUCAUAUUAUGAUAUCUAA